AUGUGUUGGGUGUGGGUCAGUGGGGUGGGUGAAGAUGUGGGGUGGUGGGGUGCACGCAUGGUGGGGUGGAGGGGUGCUACAGGGUCUGGUGGAGGGGUGGUGUGUUGCAGGGUGAGGGUUUGUGCUGAGUGUCUGGUCCCCACAGCAGCAAAGCAACACAGCAGCAGCAGCAGCAGCAGCAGCAGCAGCAGCAGCAGUAUCACUGGCAGUGAGGCAGCACAGCAACACAGUGACACAGCGGUGAGAGGCGCCCUGGCAUGGGCCCUGCCGGCGAGCGCGAGGCGCGGCCCCCGGGGCUCCCCAGCAAGCAGUGAGCGGCGCGGUGCGGCGCGGCAUGGACGGCCACCACCACGCCCGGGGGGCGGGGAGCUGCCGCCCCUGCAGUACCCUGGGCGGCCCGCGGGGCGGCAGCUGGGGCGGUGCGCAGCGUGCUGGUCGCGCGUGGCGGCGGCGCUGUGCAGCAACGCGGGCGUGUGCCUCCUGGUGGUGCUGUACACCGUGGCGGGCGCCUUCCUGUUCGCCACCAUCGAGGGCGGCCAGGUGGCGCUGCAGGUGACGCCCACGCCCGAGGCGCCGCGGGACGCCGCCGUGAUGGAGUCGCUGCGGCAGCACGCGCGCGGCCUGCGCCACGAGACGGUGGAGCACCUGUGGACCAUCACUGAGAGCCUCAACAUUCUGUACCGCGACAACUGGACCAGGGUGGCCGAGCAGGAGCUGCUCAAGUUCAGCGAGAAGCUGCUCACGCGCCUGCACGAGGGCGCCGCGCCCCCACACCCCGCCCCCGCCACGGCACACACCUCCGCCUACCAGUGGACCUUCGCUGGCUCCUUCCUCUACUCCCUCACCGUCAUCACCACCAUUGGGUACGGUUCUGUCGCCCCGCAGACUGCCCUAGGACGUGUGGUCACCAUUAUAUACGCACUGCUAGGCAUCCCGCUCAUGCUCCUCUACCUGUCAUCUGUGGGUGACCUUCUGUCCCGCGCCCUCAAGUGGGUGUGGUGGAGGAUGUGCAGGUGCCGCCGCCGCCGCCGUCGCCGCCCACCCACCGCACGCCCCAACACCCACACGCCCACGCCAUAUACCAACGUGGACGCGCCCGCUAAGCGUAAGUGGGGCAGUGACGGCGGCGGCAGUGACAGCGAGGGUGGCGAGGGCGGCGAGGGAGGCGAGGGCGGCGCCGUGCCGGUGACGCUGUGCCUGGUGCUGAUGGUGACGUACAUCUGCGGGGGCGCGGCGGUGUUCGCACACGUGCACCGCUGGUCCUUCCUGCACGCCGUGUACUUCUGCUUCUCGUCGCUCACCACCAUCGGCUUCGGGGACCUGGCGCCCGCCGUCACGCCCGCGGGCUCCACGGGCGUGCAGGUGGCGCUCCUGGGCGCCGCGCUGUACCUGCUGGUGGGCAUGGCGCUCAUCGCCACCUGCUUCAACCUGAUGCAGGAGCAGAUGACCAGCCGCGGCUACGGCCUGGGGCGCCGCAUGGCCUCCCUCAUGGGCACCCCAGGCCCCGGGGGCGGCGCCCCACACCGCUUCCACCUGGAUGACACCUGACACGUGGAGACCAUGGCGCUCUUCAACUAUGGCGGCGGCGGCGGCGGCGGCCCACGCGGCGCCAGCGGCAAGGCGCCGCCGCCCUGCCUGGCCGGCGGCUGCGGCGGCGGAGGCGGCGGCGGCAUCCUGGCUAACCACACCGGCCACGCCCGCCACAACCACGCCCUGGCCAACACCAUCUACAAGGUGACGCCCACGCCCGACGACGACAAGUUCCUGACGCCCAACAGCGGCGCGCCGCCCUCCGCCGCCAGCCCACUGGCCUCCCCCGCCUCGCCCGCCAAGGACGGCAAGGCGGAGGCGACCUACGGCACCCUCAGGAAGGAGGCGCCCACACUCAAGCCCGUGCCGCCGCCCACGCUGCCGCCCGCCGCCAACACGCCCACGCACACGCCCAUGCUGGCCACCCGCGCCAAGAAGACCGUCACGAUCUGCGACUCCGCCGAUGCGGCGCGCGCGACCUCGCCCCUCAGCCCAGGCAGGAUCUGACCCGCCUGCCACGCCGCGCCCCACGCCCAACUCACGCCCCGGGACGCCGCGGGCCACCACCUGUACUGAGGCUGAGUGGACGUGUGUGCAGGGGCGGCUGAGGGGCUGAGGGCGCGGCGCGGUGCUCAACACUGGUGACCCGUCGCCGCCGCCGCGCCACCCCGCGCCACGCCCAUGUUGUGUGCGUGUAUGUGUGUGUGUGUGUGUAUGCGGGCGGGCGGCGGGCGCGGCCUCGCCCUGCGCAGUGUGGACGUUCAUCUAUGUAAGUAAAUAUAUAAAAUAAAUAAAAAAAAGUAAUCAAUCAAUCACUAAAUGAUAAACUGGUUCAUGAACCUUGACGAAGCCGCCGCGUGAGGCUUUGGAGCUUGCAUCCCCCGCCCCCCGCUCAGUGUGGGCCGUGGGGGCGCCGCUCCCUCUUCUGUCCUGUCGUGUCCCUCGUGUCGCUGUGUCCCGCUGUCCCUCUGUCCUUUGGUACACUCCCGUCACUCCCGCGCCAGCGAGCCGAGGCUUCGAACCCCUGUGAACCGCGAAUCACGGAUCUGAGCCACUGAGGAAGGUCACGCCGCCACAGAUGAGUGAGAGAGUGAGUGAGUGAGUGAGAGUCAAGAUAUCACGCUUUCCCUUCCGCCAUCUGUGUGACUCACGUUCAAAGCUCCGAGACAGUUCGAACCAAGUGAAGCAGUGAAGUAGUGAGGCAGAAAGUAAAUGUGAGCGAAAGUGAGCGAUAUUGAGCGAUAGUGACUGACGCUUCAGACGAAAAAUAGUGUAGAUAAACAAACAAGCAUAAUAUGAACCAAAGGGAAACGAAAUGAGCGAGACGAAACGAAGCGGCGAACAAAGCCAAACGAAACUCAUGACCGAAACAUUAUGAGAAAAAAAUCGAGUUUGUGAAAAAGAAAACGAGAAUGAAAAAUGAUGAAUUAAUUAACCUGUAAUUAGCAAACACGUGUUACUGAAAGAUUAAGAAAUUGCACAGGUGAAAAAGAAAUAAAGACGAAAAAAAUAUAUAUGAAACACGAUUGGAAGAAAAGAAAACAAUAAAGAAAAUGGAGCAAUGAAUGAUGGAAAUAAGAGAAAAUUGAAUUAAUGAACGUGAAAAGGAGGAGGAGGAGGAGAAGGAGAUAAGUGUGUGUAUGUGUGUGUGUGUGUGUGUGUGUGUGUGUGUGUUGAGGCAGAAGGAAAUAAGUAAGAGAGAAGAAAGCAGCAGUGAAUAAAGAUGGAGGAUAAGGGAAAUGGAAAGAGAGAGAGAGAGAGAGAGAGAGAGAGAGAGAGAGAGAGAGAGAGAGAGAGAGAGAGAGAGAGAGA